GUGAUCCAUAUAUAGAAGCGCCCCCACGUUCACCAACACGUACGCGCACCUUCUUAUGCAUAUAUACGAAGCUCAGCCACGGUGGAGCGCACUUUUUGUGCUUGAGCUUGAGUCGGUGAAAAGCUACGUUCGCGACGUGAGACGCACCGUGAAAUUUCGAAGAGGAAACUUGACAACUUACAUAUUUACGCAAAUUAGCCAUGCCUGGACGCCCACUUUGGCAGGUUGCUGGCAAGCGCGAAGCAAGCCAGGAAGCUGAAGCUCAACAAUGGAUCGAGACAGUUGUCGGUGAGAGAUUUCCACCAGGAGUGAGUUAUGAAGACGCUCUGAGGGAUGGUGUACUUCUCUGCAAGCUCAUGAAUAAAUUGCAACCUGGUUUAAUCUCCAAAAUUAAUACGUCCGGUGGAGAUUAUAAAAUGAUGGACAACCUUAAUCAAUUUCAGAAAGCCUGCGUUAAAUACGGAGUACCUGAUGUCGAUCUUUUUCAAGCUGUCGAUCUGAUGGAGCGUAAAAAUAUCGCUCAAGUAACGAAUACCAUCUUCGCCAUCGGACGGACGACAUAUAGACACCCGGAGUGGCGCGGUCCUUGGUUGGGUCCGAAACCAGCGGAGGAGAACAAGAGAUCGUUCACAGAAGAACAACUAAGGGCUGGCGAGGCAGUUAUUGGUUUGCAAGCUGGUACUAAUAAGGGCGCUACUCAAGCCGGACAAAACUUUGGAGCUACGAGAAAAAUACUUCUUGGAAAAUAAUUCCAGAACUUACAUUUUUUAUGUUUAAAAUAUUGUUUAUAACGUAAUCGUUUUUUGUAAAUAUAAAUAUAUUAUAAUGGAUAUCUAUUAUAUAACAUUUACAACAAUUUACGCUACAUUUGUAAAAGAAUAAUGUUUUGCAAUUUGUUUCACGAUUUAACCAUGAAUAUUACACUGAAAAAUAUUAUGCAUUGUUUUGUGUGUGUGUAUGUCUA